UUCGAACUCAUUCAUUCAUCCCGUUAAAAUUUCCCCCGCAAGACAUACUUAACCCGGUUGUGAAUUAUAGUUUUUUUUUGGAUUUAGUUGUAAGAGAAUCAUUAAAAGAAAAUGAAGAAACUUUUUCUCCUUUCACUGGCUUUCGUUGUGAUCUCAGCAAAGUUUCCAACAAAUGUGAAAAAGUGCUCAUAUGGGGACUCUCAGUGUUUAAUUCAGUCCUCAGAGGAAGUCCUACGUAGUGCAGGAAAUGGAUUUCCGGGACUCAACUUAAUCCCCAUUGAUCCUCUUCGAGUGGAUAAAGUGGAUAUAAGGCAGAACAGUGAGAGUCCUGUGAAUAUUAAUUUAUUCUUCCGCGACAUUAUUCUCAAUGGGCUUAGUCAGCUGAAAGUCUACAAAAUGCAGGGCUUUGUGGAGAAUCCAAGAAAAAUUGAAAUGAGAGCACGUCUCGAUAAACUCGUCCUUAAUGCAAAUUACAAGGCAAGAGGACGAAUUUUGCUGCUUCCAAUAAACGGAGAAGGAAAAUGUAAUUUAACUUUCGACAAUUGGGACGCCGGAUGGCGAUUCACUGUCAACAAAGUUGAGAAGAACAACAAAGAAUAUGUUAAAGUUGAAAAUUCAAAGCUUUUCUUCAAUACAACAAGGCUCCAUAUGGACUUUGAAAAUCUCUUCAAUGGAGAUCGUGCCUUGAGUGAUAAUAUGAAUCAAUUCCUCAAUGAAAAUUGGAAUGUAAUCUUGACUGAACUUAAACCAGCACGACUGAUGCUAUUUCCCAAAUUCUACAAAAUGUCAUUAGUGGACCCUUCUCCAAGAUUCCCUACAAUGAACUCUUCAAUGCACCAGAAGUUAAUUAAUUUCCCUGGAAAAUUAUAUAUACAAUUUCUACUUAUUUUGCAAUCCUCUCAAGUAUAUUAUGUAUAUGAAAAUUAUAUUUGCAUAAAUUGUAUAAAUUUUUUUCAUCUCACUAUUGAACAGUAUAAAAGCAACGAUUUUUCCACAAUUCAAGGGUAUUUCAUUUCUCACAUUCAACAAGACAAGAACGCGGUGUUUGCGGAGAAAAUCACGAUGGAUAAGUGGAAAAUUUUUCUCUUUCUCAAUUUGUGCGCACUGAGCUGUGCUAUGUCGCCGCAUACGCCGUGCCCAUUUGGUGACAGUGAUUGUGUUGUGAAUCUCUUUAAUUCCAUCAUUAGUCUCUUUGGUGAUGAAGACACCGACUUCCAAGCACUCGAUCCGCUUCUCAUUGAGAAUGCAACACUCGCAACAAAAUUCACACCAACAGUGCAUUUUAAGCUCUUCCUGCUUAAUUCGAAGCUUCACGGAUUGCAGUCAUUGAAAGCUCUACGAGCCACAGCCAUUGAGGAAGAUUUUAUGGGGAAAGAGAAUGAAAUUGUCUUCACAGCGCCCCAACUAACCCUCCAUGGGCCGUAUAAGAUGAAAGGAAAAUUCCAUUUAAUCCCAUUGAUUAGCUCCGGAAUGUGCAACAUCACGAUAUACAACGUGGAGCUUGCAGUUAAGUACACGCUCGAUAAGAUUACGCUGAAUGGAGAGACUUAUCUUAAGACAACCAGCACAAUGGUGGACGUAAAACCUGGUGAUAUGCGAACGCAAAUGGACAAUAUUUUCAACACAAAUCCGGAGAUCGAUGAGGCUGUGCAUUUGUACAUAAAUGAGAAUUGGCGGGAUGUCUUCAAGGAUAUGAAGCCAUCAGUCACGAAGACAUUUUCCAAAAUCACCGAGGAUGUGUUCAAUGCGAUUUCAACCAAAGUUCCGCUGAAGCUUUUCCUACAAGUCAACUAG